UUUGUAGCCUAGCAGUAUUGCAGCCUAAGACAGUUUUCCCUGUGCAGGUUUUUUCGCUUCCUUAUCACUGCUUUCACAUUUUGUUCAUGUGGAACCAGUCUUUUUGGGGGAGAGAACCUAACUUUACGAAGAAACUUUUAUGUUCCAGGCCUCAUGUGGUGCUUAGAACGCUGCUGUUAAUGGAAGAAUUCAUGUGUAAGUGCAGAACAAGAGCAGCAGUCUAAUCUGUGAGGAAAUGGCAGGAUUCUUGGACAACUUCCGGUGGCCAGAAUGUGAGUGUAUUGACUGGAGUGAAAGAAGAAAUGCCAUUGCUUCCAUAGUUGCUGGUGUAUUGUUUUUCACAGGUUGGUGGAUAAUGAUAGAUGCUGCAGUAGUUUACCCAAAGCCAGAGCAAAUGAACCACGCGUUCCAUACCUGUGGGGUGUUUUCAACACUAGCUUUUUUCAUGAUAAAUGCUGUAUCAAAUGCACAGGUGAGAGGAGACAGCUACAGUGAUGGAUGCUUAGGAAGAACAGGUGCUCGUGUUUGGCUCUUCAUUGGCUUUAUGCUGAUGUUUGGUUCACUCAUUGCUUCAAUGUGGAUUCUUUUUGGAGCAUAUGUUACACAGAACAUCAAUGUUUACCCUGGAUUAGCAGUGUUUUUCCAGAAUGCAUUGAUAUUUUUCAGUACUCUGAUCUACAAGUUUGGAAGAACAGAGGAGUUAUGGGGAUGAGAGAUCACAAUACAGCAUUGUCUAUUCCAUAGUUGCUCUGUUGUACUCUGUAUGUAGAUAUUUACGUUCAUUUGUUCUCGUUUUGCUUUCUAAAUAGUAUGAACUGAGACAAACUACGAUUUCUGUAAUAAGCUCUCUCUUUUCAUAGGACAGAUUUGUGAAUAUGUACAUAUGACUGUAUAUAUCUUAAAAAGGGAAAGUCGGGCUUUCUGAAAUCUUCAGGCUUAUUUCUUCAAAUACAUAAGUUUCCAUUGACUGUUAAGACUCGAUCUUCCAAACCUUCACACAUGUGAGAGGCUUCAGUUGAACUGCAAGUGAGUAAGCAGGAUGGAAGGGAUUUAUAUCUUUAUGCAUAGGUGAGCUAUUCCUGAUUAUUGAUAGCUGACAGUAAGGGCUGCUUGCAUACCUGGAGGGGAGUGGUAGCUCGUGGAAGUGACCUUUUAUUUCCUGAGGGUAAAUUCUACUGUAUGCUGAGUUAAGGGUUGAGUUUUAUGUUUUUCUGAACGGUUAUAUCCAAUUAAGUAGCUUUUUUGUGUGUGUAAAAGGUUAUGAGUUUUUAAACAAGACCCUAUUUUAAGUAGGUUCUGCAUGACCAGUCCAGCUGUACUUGAUUACCAUUGCACAAAUGAAACUUGGUAGCAGCACGGAAUUUAUUUCUUGCUGUUCAGUGUAAGAGAUGCCAAUCAUUAUUUAUUGUAUAUACUAGAAUUUCAAAAACCCUGCAACUGCUGCCAAUUGUUAGGGAAUAGAAAGAAUAGGUGAGAAUCAGACUGACAGCUUAAAAAUUAUGCUCAAAUAGAUUUUCUUCAGGGGAAGCUUUUUGUUGAGAAAUGAGCAGUUCUGCUGCCACCUAUUAUUACCUUAGGUAAUGGAACAGGUGAGUACUUCAGAUGGGAAUAUAGCAGAUUGCAUUAUUGCUAACAGUUUUACCUUGAAAUAAGUGCCAGUUUUAGGACUGUUGCUUGCCCCAGUUUAAAUGUAUAUAUGUUCCAAAUUUCACAGGUAUUUUAUAGGGUAUUUUAUAGGAAUGUGUUCACUAUUGGAAACCAUUUUCUUCGAGCUGGAGUAUACAGAAAGGAGAACAGCAGUGUUUUAUGGCUUUGGACUGAUGUUGUAUAUUCAUCUUGCUGUUGGUGACCUCCUUGUAAGUUCUAUGUGUUUUUAAAACAGUUGAAUCUACUUGUGUCUGAAAGCUUUUAUAACUUUCCAUGUAUCAAGAUUGCUGACCAAGUGGCAUUAAACUUCAGAACAUAACAUACGUGCAUGGUUACUGCAUACCGUUAGUCAUCUAAUUGCUCCCUUGGGGGAAUCUUUCCAGUGAACAGAGUAUGAAGCAAAUUCUGCAGCUGAAACUGUGCUACUGGCUAGACUAACUUCCAUCCUCAUUGUGUCAUCCUGCAGUGAGUUACUGUAUCUUCACUGGUGUUAAUCACAGCUUUGUACAUACAUUGUCUGGUUGGUUGUAAUUCCAGAAAACUGCAAUAAACUUUAUCUUAUGUUCUCCAAAUAA